AUUCCGUAGAAUAGUCCACAUAAAAAAAAACCAAAACAGUGCGAGGAGAACGGCGAACGAUCCCCAAAAAAUCUUUUACUUUCGUUCGCCACCAAUGAAGAUGGCGUCGACGACCGAACCGCUCGGGGAUUUUCCUUUCUGGGGCCUUCUUCCUAGGAAGGAAACUGGUGUUGUUAGUCUACUUUCUAAGAACCCAAACUUUGAUGGGCGUGGGACAGUGAUUGCCAUCUUUGACUCAGGUGUUGACCCAGGGGCGCCUGGGCUGCAGGUUACUACAGAAGGAAAAGUGAAAGUUAUUGAUCGCAUCGAUGCAUCAGGAGCUGGAGAUGUUGAUACAUCCACAGUUGUUGAAGCCACAGAUGGGGUUAUUGCAGGCCUUACAGGUCGUAAACUGAAAGUUCCAGAAUCCUGGGUUAAUCCAUCAGGGAAGUUCCACAUAGGCGUAAAGAGUGCCUAUACUCUCUACCCUCAACGUCUGAGAGAGCGAAUUAUUAAGGAACGCAAAGAGAAGCAGUGGGACCCUGUUCACAAAAUUUUGUUGGCAGAGGCACAAAGAAAGUUGCAGUUGUUGGAGAAUAAUAAAAGCAAUGGUAGCAGUAAUGGAGCCAGUCCUAAUAGUUUGAUUGAUAAAAUGACAAAAGAGGAUGCUGAAACCAGGGUGUCACUGCUUAACAGCUUGGAGAAAAAGUACAAUGACCUGGGACCAGCUUAUGAUUGUGUCUUGUAUCAUGACGGAGAUGUGUGGAGGGCUUGUAUUGAUACAUCGGAACGGGGAGAACUGGAAUCUGGAAUUCAUCUAGGGGAAUAUAGAAUUACUCACCAGUGGGCAUCGCUUACAUCAGCUGACCAGUACAAUAUCUCUAUAAAUGUGCACAAUGAUGGAAAUAUUCUUGAAAUUGUUGGAAUGUGUUCAAGUCAUGGUACGCAUGUGGCUUCCAUCGCAUCAGCUAAUUUCCCUGACGCCCCAGAGAGGAAUGGUGUUGCUCCUGGUGCUCAGAUAGUCUCUAUAACUAUAGGUGACAAUCGUAUUGGUAGCAUGGAAACUGGCACUGCACUAGCCAGAGCUAUGAUGCGUGUGAUGGAAAACUCUUUCUACAAAGUAGAUGUCAUCAACAUGAGUUACGGAGAACAUGCUCAUUGGUCAAACUCAAGUCGAUUAGGAGAACUGGCUCACGAAGUAGUCAACAAAUACGGUGUUAUCUGGGUAUCAUCAGCGGGCAAUCAUGGUCCAGCCCUUGCAACAGUGGGAGUUCCUCCAGACUUCCAGAGUGAUUCAAUCAUUGGCGUUGGUGCUUAUGUGUCCCCUGACAUGAUGACUGCUGAAUACUCCAUGAUUGAGAAGUUGCCUGGAUGUCCAUAUACCUGGUCAUCAAGAGGGCCUACAGCAGAUGGUGCAAGGGGUGUGACUGUCUGUGCUCCAGGUGGUGCCAUCACAUCUGUCCCAACAUUCACACUGCGCAGUAACCAGCUUAUGAAUGGCACAAGCAUGGCAUCUCCUCACACUGCUGGCUGCGUCGCUCUGAUUGUUUCAUCAGUAAAGUUGAAGUCCAUUCCAUAUUCCCCGUAUUCUGUCCGAAGAGCAAUACAGAACACUGCCAUGGCUUUAGAUGUGGAUGUGUUUGCACAAGGACAUGGAUUGAUCCAGGUGGACAGGGCUGUGGAGCACAUUCUUCAGCAUUGCAAUAGCAUAGAAGACAAAGUUCGGUUUAUGGUUGAGUGUGGGAGUGAGAGGAAGAAGGGCAUUCACCUGCGUAACUGGCUUGCCGAUAAACCUGUUGACAUGUCGGUUACGGUAGAGCCAGUGCUGCUUGAUGACACAAGAGCUGCAGAUGCCAAUCAAAAAUUAUCCUUCUGUAUGGAAAUGGUUCUGACAAGUAAUGUUCCUUGGAUCAGAUCACCAAGCUGUUUACAAAUGUCUUACACUGCCAGGUCUUUCCAGGUGAGCAUAGAUCCUCGAGGUCUGGAGCGUGGGAGAGUUUAUUUUGCCUCUGUCAAGGCCUACAAUGCUAGCAAUGUUGAGAAAGGAAUCAUGUUUGAAGUUCCAAUCACUAUUGUUGUUCCUGUUAUUGACUUACUUCAUGGGUACAAGUACACCUGUCCAGCAGAGGUUUUCCGUGCCGGAUGUGUCCGCCGUCAUUUCCUGUAUGUGCCAGUUGAGUCCACUUGGGCAACUGUUACCUUGAAAUCGUCUCAUUCUGAGAAGUGUCAGCGCUUCACACUUCAUGCAGUUCAGCUGAAACCUGAUUGCAGUGUGAAGACAAUUGAGUUCUAUAAGGUUGUUAAUCUCGGCAGCAAUGAGAGCAGCACGUUUGUCUUAGGGGUGCGAGGUGGUUAUACUCUGGAGGUUUGCCUUGCCCGUUGGUGGUCAAGCUUAGUGGAUGGUCAGGUAGAAAUUGACGUUGAAUUUCACAGUCUGCGGCCAUCACAUGAAGAGGUCACCUUGUUCUGCAGUGAUGGAGUCCAGCGCGUGGAUGUGAGAGCAGGGCUGAGGCCAGAAGAAGUCUCUCCUCAGGCUUAUCUCAAACAUCACACUCAGGUGCUGACACCCACAGAGAGUAAAGUGGAAGUUCUGGGUGGUCUACGUGACACAAUCCCAGGUGGUCGGCCUGUCUACCAGCUGAUUUUAUCUUAUAAUCUCUCAGUUUCUAAAGCAGCAGAGGUUACUCCAAAAUGUGCUCUGCUAAGUGACGUGUUGUAUGAGUCUGCAUUUGAGUCACAGUUGUGGAUGUUGUUUGACCACAACAAGCAACUCCUAGGCUCUGGUGAUGCUUACUGUACCAAGUAUAGCCUCAAGCUUGAGAAAGGGGAAUAUACAAUCAGGCUUCAUGUGAGACAUGAACGACCUGACUUGCUGGAGAAGCUCAGUGAUUUACCCUUGACUGUGCUUACAAAGUUAUCGCAAGAGGUAAAACUUGAUGUAUAUACAUCAUUCAAUGCUGCAGUUACAUGUGGAAAGAAGGCUCAGUCUCUUUCUUUGGGUACUGGUGCUGUCCAGCCUCUCUACCUCACUGCCCCCAGCCUCACAGACAAGACACUGAAGGGUCUCGGACUAACCCCAGGUCAGGCCCUGUUAGGUACACUGUCAUUUGCAAAGGAUGAACAAGUUCGGAAAGCUGUAAGUAACCACAAGUUUGGGCCCAUACGUACUAUGCCGGACCAGUACCCACUGAGAGUGGUUGUUACGGAGUUGCCAUGCAAGAAGCGCAGCUCCACCAGCACCGCAACAAGCCCAGAGGAGAAGAAGGAGACCAAGACUCAUACUGAAUACCUAGAAGCACUGAGGGAUCUACAAACUGCAUGGAUUGCUAAGCUGGACUGUGAAAGCGGGGAGCAACUACACAAGGAGCUGAUGGCUGCACACCCAGAGCAUCUUGCAGCACAACUUGCCCGCCUUCAGGCUCUUGAUGCAGGCGGAGCCCAGAACCGCCAAGCUGUCAUAGCUCAGGCCAAGCAGGUUGUUGCAUCAGUGGAUGUUGCACCACUUCUAGCCUUUUAUGGCACAAAAACAGACACUCGCUCUGAUGCUGCUAAAAUUAAGACACAGAUGGACAAGCAGCGCAACACCUUGCUGGAGGCUCAUUGCCGUCAUGGAUCAGCUCUGAGUGCUGAUCUGAUACCACUCCAGCAUCCUGAGAGACCACAGGAGUCAGUAGAACAACUUGAUGCAAUUACUGUAGAAAUCAUGAAAUUUGUGGAGCCUUCUGAUUCAAAGGUGAUCGGUUUCUUCGCCAGCUACUACCAAGUCAGAGGAUUUGAUGGUCUGGCUGCACGUCUGAUUCAGCGACAGUGUGAAGAGAAAUGGACCCGUGAAAAUGAGGCCAAAUUAACUGAAGCUUAUACCCGCUUGGGCUGGACCCAUGCUGCUAGUCUUAUUGCCAAUUCUCAUCCAUUACGUUUUCCUACAAGCUUUACCCUGUUCUAGAUGCAUUUAGUGUGUGUGCAAGUGGUUGAUGAUUCAAACCGUCACUAUUACAGUACUGCCAUUUAUGUUGCACCCUUUUAGAUAACAGUGUUAUUGUGGUUAUCCAUUCAAGUCUUGCCCUGUGGAUGGUAACUUAAAUUUCACACUUGUAAAAGUGCAUCACCUCAACUGCUGAGCAGUGAUGUGUUGUAGUAAUGGUGCGAGUCUUUAACAAAAAAGCAUUCACUAAGUAUCUUGCAGGUAUGUAUGUGAAUGCAUAUUGCAGCCAGAGCCUGUUUGGAUUAUGUUGCUCUAAGAAAACUAACAAUAUAUAUAUAUAUAAAUAUAU